AUAAAUGUUUGGGUGUGCGGUAUAUGGUGAAGUUAGAGGAUAUUUACAUGAAGCUGGAAUCUAAAGAAGUAAUUGGCGCUGUACAUAUGGAAAAUGGAGGAAAACACGAUCUGUGAAUGGAAGCUAUGUAACUGCUCGUGCUUUAAGCUGUAGGGCUAGGGAUAAUGACCCGUGCACAAUCCUGUUUCCAAGUCAAAGCCAUUGCUGGAAAACAGGGCAAUGGACUUGUCACCGUAUGCUGCAAAAUACAUAAACUGGUGAUGAUACGUGGUCUCCCCCAUCUGACUCAGAUAUGAAAAUUUUGAGAGCACGGCGAGACCGUCAGGACAAGAUUAGCCGAUUGAUGGGAGAUUACCUGUUGAAGGGAUACAAAAUGCUUGGAGACUGCUGUGAUUCAUGUGGGACAAUAUUAUUGCAGGACCGACAAAAACAAUUACUCUGUGUCUCGUGUCAAGAUCUUGAUUCUGAUACGGAGAAGGAUAACCCAGCCCUCAAUCCUCAAGCUGCUCUGUCUCAGGUGCGAGAGCAUCGGCUUCCUUUGCAAGACAACCAUGUACGAGAUCUCCCAACUGCUGCAAGUCCCAGAACAAACAUUGUCCCUGUCCCCGAGAAUCCUGUUAAUACCACCCCUAAUGUUCCUGAGCCAAUCCUUGUUGCCGAGACUGCACUUCUGGAGAAGAUUAGCUGGGCUUCUAAUCAACUCAAAGAAACCAGUUCUGUAGAAUAUAGCUCACAGUUAUGUGCGCUUAUUGGCACUUGUGCUGAGAGCUUGCGUUCUCUUAAAGACCUUCACCACUGAAUGCUAAGAUACUGUAGUGCAACUACUUCCUGAAACAGGACUUAUUCAGUACCUCACUCGCCAACCUCCAACCCCUUUGUUUUCCAGUUUUCAUUGAAAUGUCCAUCGGUCUGUCUCAUUUGAUGCUUGUAACAAUACUGAUUAUAUAAGCUAUCAAACAA